UGGCAGACGACUCUGGAGAAGAACCGGCGCACAGGACCCGGACCGGAGAGACGGCACGCCGCCCCUCCACCGCCCCCCGAGAGCCUCCGAAUAAAGUGUUUGCUUUUCAGACCGCUCCGGGCUCACCGUGUCUGCUGCGGGCUGUUCGGAGACACCGCGACGGGCUGGGAGAUUAGCGCUGCGGCAGGAUGGAGACGCAGAUCCAUGUGCCCGUGGGCUCGCCGGCCAUCAGGAAAAUCCCCGUCUUCGUGGACGAGCACAACGUGACGGAGGGAGCCAUGAAGCUCCUGAAGGAGCUGAGACCGGCGUGGGACCCGAGCCGGGUCCACACCAAGCUCUUCACCGAUGGAACCACCAACAAGCUGGUGGGCUUCUACGUGGACGAGCGCCCGGAGGACGUGGUCCUGGUCCGAGUGUACGGCAACAAGACGGAGCUGAUCGUGGACAGAGACAACGAGCUGCGCAGCUUCCAGGUGCUGCACGCCAACGGCUGCGCUCCGCGGCUCUACUGCUCCUUCCAGAACGGCAUCUGCUACGAGUUCAUACAGGGCGAGGCUCUGGGGCCGCAGGACGUCAGGGACCCCGCUCUGCUCAGACUGAUCGCCAGAGAAAUGGCUCGUAUUCACGCCAUCCACGCGCACAACGGCUGCAUCCCCAAGCCGGACCUGUUUAUCACCAUGCAGAAGUACUUCUCCCUCGUGGCCACGGAGUUCACCGAGCAGGCCUCCAACGCCAGAAUCCAGCAGGAGGUCCCCAGCAAGGCGGUGCUGGAGCAGGAGAUGGUGUGGAUGAAGGAGCAUCUGUCGGCGCUGGGCUCGCCGGUGGUGCUCUGCCACAACGACCUGCUCUGCAAGAACAUCAUCUACAACAGCAAGGAGGGUCACGUUCGCUUCAUCGACUACGAAUAUUCCAGCUACAACUACCAGGCCUUCGACAUCGGAAACCACUUCAUCGAGUUCGCAGGAGGCAUGAGCGAGCUGGACUACGAGCUGUACCCCAGCAGGGAGCUGCAGAUGGACUGGCUCAGAGUUUACCUGCAGGCCUACAAACUCUUCACCAAGAAGACCGAGGAGGUCAGCCCGGCCGAGCUGGAGAGGCUCUACGUACAGGUCAACAAGUUCGCUCUGGCGUCACACUUCUUCUGGGGCUUCUGGGCGCUCAUCCAGGCCAGAUACUCCUCCAUCGACUUCGACUUCCUGGGCUAUGCCGUUCUGCGGUUCAACCAGUACUUCAAGACCAAGCCGGAGGUGAUGUCCCUGCAGGUCCCAGAGUGAGGCGGCGCCGGAGGAAGAGAGGAGAAGACGAGCCGCUGGGACGUCCUGUGGGGGGGGUGGAGGGGUUGUGGGGGGGUGGGGGGGGGGGGGGGGGAGGGGGUGGGGGGGGGGGUGAUGGAGAUGCCGCUCACUCCCACCUGGCCUUUGCUCUAACUCUUCCCCUCCUGCUUCAAGCGCGAUGACUCUUCUCUUUCCUCCAAACUGUAGCUCGACUCGGCUCGCCUGAGAAUUGCAAAUCUUGUAUGAAUGUGUGUGUGUGUGUGAGUGACAGUGUGUGUGUGCGCAGGUGUCCCUGCGUGUCUUUGUUCACUUGCGGGCGUCGGGUUUGAGCCCGGCCCUGUGGGCGUGGCCGGGCGGAGGCUGCAGGUGGUGUAACGCUUCCUGCUCCUCCUCUCUGCUGCUGCGCUUCAGCAGCAAGACGCCUUCUGUCGGUUCCUCCCAGAAUGCCCUGCUGCCGCCGCCACCGCCGCCUGGAGGUGUGGAACCUCUGCCUCCCUCUCCCGGUCUCCUCUGGCUCGGUCCGGAUCACUGUUGUGUUGUAGCAGUCAGUGACGGAGCGCAGCUUCAUGGACUUUAUUUAUUCGCGUGAGGACACUGUGGAUUCCUUCACAUCUCAGGUUCACAGCUCCUCAGCUGGGGUUGCUGUGCUUGGCUUCCAGUAGCAGUACUGUCGCAGGAGGAGGGGGAGGAGGAGGAGGGGGAGGAGGAGGAGGAGGGUGAUGGUGCAGAUCUGCCCAUGAGCCGGUUUUUCCGCCGUCUUGACUUUUAUGGCUACAUUGAGUCGCUUGGUUAAACUUUCCAUUUAAACUUUCCAGGCAUGUUGGAAAAUCCCGACCUGGCUCGCCCUCCUCCUCCUCCUCCUCCUCCUCCUCCUCCUCCUCCAGCCCGUUCUCCUUCAUGUCCUCCGUCAGGUGACGGAUCCGACCUGCUGAAGUUGAAUUCAGGCUCGUCUGUGAUGGUGAAGAACUGUUUGUCCCCUCAAAGCACAUUUUCACUCUGGUUCAGCCAUCAUGAAAGAAACAAUCCCCCACAGCCACUGAUCUGAACGCUCCCCGAACUUAUGAAUUCAUUGUCAAACACUUAGAAGUUAUCAUCUGUUGUGCAAUGAUGAAGUAAUCAAACCUCCACAGUUGUCAUAACCCCCUCCACACACACACACACACACACACACACACACACACACACUCACUCACUCACGGUUCAAACCUUUGUCCCGGGCCGCCGGUGUCGUGUCACCAGCGGGUUUAAUAAUUGACCGGCCGAGCGGCUUCGGACGCCACGUGUUUUCAGACGGACGCGGUGGGAACGUCACGCUGCCGGCUCUGAUCUCCCAGAGAGAAGCGAGGAUUUACUGCUCUGACGACACGUCUGGCAGUAACCAGCGUUUCCAAGGCUCAGUAGUUAUUGAUUCAAGGUGAUUAGCUUUGCAAGCUGAUGCCAGCAAAGUCUGCUUUGUAGAUGUGCAGAAAGGGAGGGGGGGGGGGGCUAAAUUAGUGAAGUUGCUGCUUGAACGCACAAUUCUGCCGCCGCGGGAGGAAACGGAGCGACGUGGAGCUUUAUUUAGAGAAUCUCAGACACAUUCCUCCUGACAACUUUGGACCAGUCACCACCUUAAUCCACGGUGUUGUUCACUCCGUUUACUCCGAAAUGUGAAGUUAGAAACGUUAGCGUUAGCUUCGGUUCAUCACGCUCUGAAAUCAUGUCUCUGUUCAGCUUUCACUGCAGAUCAUCAGCCCUGUUCUCUCCAACAACGGUCUUAAACAUGAACCUUUUCUGGAUAAUCCCUCUGCCUUUGCCGAGUUUAAACUUGAAACAAGAGCUCUUAAUUUGAAAUCCUAACAUGCUGUCUUGCAGUGUUAAUGGAGGUUUUUCCUGUGACGUCUCCUGUCCCAGGGUCAGAUCGGAAACACAUCAACAGACAUGAAAUACAGUAAAUGGAGGAUUUUAGUGAAAUCCAGCCGUCUUGGACUGAACGAUGAGUGGAACUGCUGUUAAAUGAAUCAGUUAUUAAAUGACAUAUUUAUGUGAAGCUUUUGCACUGUUGCUGAACCUGGAGGUUGUCCUUGUUUUUAAUCAUUAACAUUCCUGGAUGCGUGCUGGGUCGAGGCUCCUUCAUGCCUCCGUGCUUCAGGACCGCUGCCGUGCACGCGGAGCUCAUGACGGUAUGCGGUGUGCAUGUACAGCCAGAGUGGCGUGGAGAGCAUGAAGGACCCUGACCAGGGAUUACGUCAAAUAUUCCCAGCACAUGCAUUUAAUGUGCAUUUAUUUGUGUGUGUGUGUGUGUGUGUGUGUGUGUGUGUGCUGACUGCUCUGAUCGACUCCUCUCACGUCGGGCCUUUAAUCGUAUUUCAAAGCAGUUUAUUUAUUGGUGAAUCUUGUAGAAGCACUCCAACGCGGUCGGCGUCACGGCGUUUGCAGUUCUUCCACAGCGACUCUCCUGGUGUGCGACUGUACUAACCAUUCUGCGAAACACUGUACCGGAACUACGUUUGUUUGCGUUUUUCUUUGUAUGCCGACGUGGACUUUUUGUAACGGCUUCGACUUGAAUGGUAGAGUGAAGGAGGCGUGCAGACGGGGAUGUAAAUACUGUGAAAAGCUGACUGAACAGGGAUGCUUGACAACUCUGUAGGCGUGACAGCAAGAAGUGUUUAACAGUUGUGGGUAAAUAUUCCUAUUAAAAGUUUAAAAGCUG